AUGAAUAAUAAAGAUUGGAGACCAUGUGAUGCAAAACCGUGCCAGAAUGGCGGAACCUGCAUUCCAAACGUUGAUGACUACAGCUGUCAGUGUUUGGAUGAUUUUCUUGGUAAAAACUGCGAAUUUCGCAGUACUACAACAAUUCCAGCCAUAAGUAUGUUAAUUCUUUUCAUGUUUCCAAAUAGAGCGAUUUUACUUGACCCGUAAAAUAGUUAAUAACAGCUAGUGCAAAUAGCUACAAAUGAACAAAAGAAGACAAUAGAAUUCUAAUAGUGCGUAGUAUUCUACUACCUAUUUCACGGGUUUAGUAAAUUCACCCUAUACCUAGUAGUAGGCCAGGCAUUCUUUUUAUACUCUGAAUAUGAAAUUAAAAAAGCAUCAUGACUGUUCACUGUCUACAGAACAAGGGUAUACGGGUAGCAAUACGGUCUCUACCGCAAUUGUCGUAUUAAUCAGAGAGAGUCUAAAACAAGCUAGUAUUUGAUAUUUUUACCUCUUUUUUCGCAAAACCCUAGUAUCGGCAGGCUGGAGAAUCUUUACGUUUCCAACCCCUCUUGUAUAAACACCCGCUAGAUGCAAGUUAUUACGUGAUCGCAAGAAUAAAACGGGUCUCAACACAGUUCCCUGGGGAAGACCAGACAAAAAUUGAGGCCCAGGAUCAAUAACGUUCAGGCAAAACAACUCGCAGAUAUAUUAUCCUCGUCAACACAGCAACGAGGUUCUUAAUAACAACAAUAAGGACCGCCAUUUCAACUCGGUAGACUAGUUUGACAGAAAGGUUUUGACACACGCAGGUCAAAGACAUUUUUUUCGUUCUAGGCUACCUUUAAAAUACCUUGACUAUUUUGUCCAUCACGGAAAAAAAUGGAAGAAUAUAAUACAGAAAUAAAUGCGACGAAAAAAAACAUCAUCUCAUGUUAACUAAAUAUGCUUUUGUCAGCUAGUAACGUUAAAAUCACAUCAGUCAGCAAUAGCGUCGUAAUUUCACAACCUACGAAAGGUAAGACGUUGUUUUCUUUGCAUUCACCUGUCAAUUUUGACAGUUCUCAGGUCUCCAAAACCCAUCUCAAAAGUCCCGAAAACAUUUCGGGUCCGUAAAGUUACAUAAUGGGUAGUUAAUUCACCAACAAAUUUAAAGUUAAUACGUUUCUUCUCGAUUCUUUACUUUUGUUGACUUAAAAAUAUAACUAUUUCUUAUCGACAAGACAUGUCUGUCGGAUAAGCCGGCAAACUUAAUUCUGACCUGCUCUUUGGGAGACUUGGACAAGGGCCUGGAAAUAAUAUCUUCAGAUCUUCCAUGUUAAACAUCCCAUCAGUUACGUCCUUUACAAUAAAUUUCCUAUUUUUUCGCACCACACUUACCGCGAUCUCCUGCACAAUCUACGCCAGGGCUCUUAAGGAUAGAAUCAUCAGAGAGGGGCUACAAAUAAGAAAGUGAUUUAUUAAAAAGUUAUUGAAGUUGUACAAAUAAGUUGUAGGUACAUGAGCAUCUCCGAAGCGAGCCUUAAGUGACAGGUAUAGCUACAGGUAACAGACCUAAUGAUCAGCUUACAAACUCAAUAAGAGACGCAUUAUCUAUCGAGAUAAUUCUUUUUUUUAGCUCUUUCUGAGAAGAAGGAUGUAAUCGAAACCCCUUCGAUCCUGAAAGUGACUUCAUAUCCUAGCACACUGGUCUCCAUGGCGAUAACUUCAUCUCCGAGCACAGAGCCGACGGUUAUGGUGACACCAUCUUACAAGGAGCCAGGAAUGACACCUGUGCCUACUUCUGUUCCCAAGCCCCUCACGGAUGGUGAAACAGACGCCAUUAAACAAAGCAAACAAAAAGGUGACUAUUAUGGUCUUUAA